AUGAGUUCAGACCAGAGCGGAGAGCCGCCGCUGCUGCAGGAGGAGGCUGACCCCGGACCGAAGACCGGUGGGGAGGACGAGCCUCCGCCGACGAACGACGACGGAGGCUCCGGCGGCAUGGUCACCUCAAAGGGCACAAGUUUGAAUCCGAAUGCUAAGGUGUGGCAGGAGAUGCCUGUGACCUCAAGUGAGGCGGUGGCAAACAGUCCCCAUUGGCCCCCUUCGGACCUCAGCGAUGGUUAUGAAGAGCCAUCAAGUGCUGGUUACAAACCGUACAAUAUGGGAUUCCCAGGCUCAGAUGAAAGCAGCAGCCCAGCAAAAGCGGAGAUAGCGGUCAAUGGAAUGGACCCUCCAGAAUUGGCCUUUUCCGCUGAUAAGCUCUCCACCGCAGGAACCUCAGAUGCCAAAUCAGAAGAUCAACCACUUACAUCCGAGAAUCUACGUGAGUCUCUGAAAAAAGAGCUAGAGUUUUAUUUUUCAAGAGAGAACCUCUCAAAGGAUCUAUACUUAAUGUCCCAGAUGGACAGUGACCAGUUUGUACCCAUUUGGACCAUUGCCAGCAUGGAUGGCAUCAAGGUUCUCACAAGUGACAUGGACCUCAUUUUGGAUGUGUUGAGAUCAUCGCCAAUGGUCCAAGUCGACGAGAAGGGGGAGAAAGUGCGACCCAACCACAAACGGUGUAUUAUAAUUCUGCGGGAGGUCCCUGAGACCACACCUGUGGAGGAAGUGGAGUCACUGUUCAUCAACGCCAACUGUCCGAAGGUGAUUAGCGUUGAAUUUGCACACAACAACAACUGGUACAUCACAUUCCAGUCUGACACCGAUGCACAACAGGCUUAUGAGUACUUGCGAGAGGAAGUUAAAACAUUUCAGGGAAAACCCAUAAUGGCCAGGAUAAAAGCCAUCAACACAUUCUUUGCAAAGAAUGGCUACCGUAGCAUGGAGAGCAGCCUUUACUCCCAGCAGACUCAGAGCCAUUCCCAGUACAGCUCCCCUCUCUACAUGCAGCACGUCUACCCCCAGCAACAGUACCCAGUCUAUGGUAUUGUGCCCCCUACCUGGGCCCCUUCACCCACGCCGUACUUUGAAACUCCUUUGGCACCAUUUCCUAACAGUAGUUUUGUUAAUGGCUAUGGAUCUGGACACUACAAAACUGGAUCUGGUUCUCUUACGCUUACUCGGCCUUUCAACAGAAAUCGUGUCCCCCUCUAUUCAAGAAAGAAUGUUAUAAAUGCCUUCAGAAACCACGUGAAGCCCCCGGUGAGGACGGACGAGGUGGCCCCAACGUCAAUCACCCCGGUCCCUCUGGAGAGUCUGACAGGACUGCGCAGUCCACAGUCUCUUGUCCCCUCCAACCCCGCACAGGCCGCCUCCGACCUAAGCGCCAUGUUUUCACAUCUGUCUUCCUCCUCCUCCUCCUUGGAUCCCAAUGAUGACAGUAGCAUGGCUGGACGUGGACGACGUACUACGUUUUACAGAGGAACACGUAGAAGACGAGAAGAUGAAAGAAUUACGAAGCCUGUACCACUUGCCGAGGUUAAGGUGUCGCCUCCCAAGUUCGACUUGGCUGCAACCAAUUUUCCACCUCUUCCCGGCUGCGUGAUCAGUACUCAAGGAGAGCCCGUACUAGAGAACCGAAUGUCGGAUGUUGUUCGUGGUUUGUACAAGGACAAGAUAGAAGCAGUAAGUAAAGAAAGCAAUGUAAGUCCAGCUGUGGUCACAGAGGAUGGUUUGGCAUGCUCAAGUCCAAAUCAGGCUGCUGCUAAGUCUGUAACACAACCACUUGCGCCAUUGGCCCCAAGGAGUCGGGAGAAGAGGGCUGAGCAGCUGGAGCCGGUUGUCCCUAAAGUGAACACCAGCGUGCCUCCUGAAAGCCCUGUAAGCCCCGCCUCGUCCACACAAGCCUUGCCUAGCUGGAGGCCUCCAGCGCUGCCUGCCGCCUCCAGUCCUUUGAUCCCCAGCACGCCCCCGCCUCUUCCUGCUGCUGUUCCUGCGCCUGCACAGGAGCCCCGUAAACUCAGCUAUGCGGAGGUGUGCCAACGGCCCCCCAAGGAUCCCCCGCCCACGGCCCCGGUUCCCUGCAGCACGUCAGCCGGCCAGCCUUUGCGUGAGUUGCGCGUGAACAAGUCUGAGGAGCCCGGCUCCGGCGGCGCACCUGGAGACAAGCCGGAGCGAGGCCAUGACAGGGAGGCGGCGCGAGAGUGCAAAGAUGGCCGCUUCGCUCGCGACCCCAAGGGCCACUUUCGCAGCAACGGGCCCCGAGGUACCGGGGGCCUCAAGUUCCGAGAGCAGAGGCGGCCGCCUCUCGCCCGACGCCACUCUCCACAGGGAGCUUACAGGCACGCUGGCAAAGAGCAGAAUAUCCCACCGGUAUCGCCAAAGUAA